CCGGGCUCGAAUUCCGCGUACAAUCCAUUAACAUCUGACUUCUGCACCUACCAUCGUUACAGCAAACUAACUGUAUCCUUUUUCUCUUUUCCUGUAGAAACCUCCGCGCCAUGAGAGCCAAGUGGAGGAAGAAGCAAAUGCGCAGGCUGAAGCGCAAAAGAAGAAAGAUGAGGCAGAGGUCCAAGUAAACCGCUUGCUUGUGCACACAUGAAGGCCACAAGAUCAGAAACAUGGAAUUCCAGAGUCCGGGGACGCUGGUACAAGUUGUUGGACUGCAUGCUACUGUCUAGAACUUGCCUCUCAGUGGAUCUAGAACUUCACCGCCAUCCGAUCGCCAAGGCCACCUCUGAGAGACCAUCUUGCUCGUACCAAAACAGUCCCUACUGGUCCUUUGCCCUGGACCUGACAUACUGGACUAGUUCUCUUCUCAAUUGUGGCCGAGUGUAACAAAUGUACAAUAAAUCACCUGCUGUUUCAGCUGAAGAAUCAAA